AUGGCGAAAGCAAAUGUCGACACCCAAAUACAACUUGACAAUUUAACAGUGUGUCCCGUUUGUUUCCAGAAAUUCAACACUCCAAGGAUUUUGCCAUGUUCUCAUACAUUUUGCCAUGCUUGUCUUGACAGCCAUAUCAAAUCUUCCUGUGAAAAAACAACGCCUUUGGGAUUCACAUGUCCUCUUUGUAGGGACUUUAUUCCUGCACCAGGAGUAAUAGGACAGUAUGCCUGCGACAAAUGGACUGAACUGGUCCCAACAAACAAAUUUAUUGUGUCUUUGUUAGGAAAAUGUAAUGAUUUGGUGACAUCUGCUGUUUUGUGUGAUGUAUGUAAAACCAAUGGAAACGAAGAAAUUGCAGUCAAUUGGUGUAAAGAUUGCGAAAGUACAUAUUGCGAAACUUGUUCAAACAUGCACAAGAAAUUAAAUACUGUUCUAAAACAUGAAAUUGUUUCUCUCAAUGAUGCCACAAAUGCAGUUGAGGGAACAGAAAGUACGCCAAAGUUUUGCACAAUUCAUCCAGAAUGCAAGAUUGACCUUUUUUGUAGAGAUCACCAAAUGUCCUCUUGUGCAUUGUGUGUUCCGCUGAUGCAUCAAGCAUGCAAACACAUUGGUUCCAUAAGGGAAGAGGCUGCUAAAUUUGAUUUAGCAAAGAUAAAGGCAAAUGGGCUUCUGAAAGAAGUGAAACGAGUUUGUUACGAUAUGGAAAAAGAAAUCGAAAUUGAAAAACUCAACAUUGAAGAAAUUGAUGAAAGUGUCGAUUUGUUUUCAGGAAUGAUAAGAAAUGCCCAUGAACAAUGUGUUAAUCAUUUAAAUGAAGUUAAAGAAAGACAGCUUAAUAAUCUGGCAAAAUUGUCAAAGGAUAGCAAACUAAAACUUGAAUCCUCAAUACAAAAUUAUGAAAAUCGAAAAGUGUACUUGAGAAAAUAUCAAAAAACGUUAGAAGGGGCAAUGGAACGUGAGAACAAUAUGCAAACUCUGCUUUGGUAUUCUCUGAUAAAAGAAAAUGUUGGAGAAAUACAGAAAAUGGAGUUUGAAAAGUUAAAAAUUGACUUGACAUGUAUUCCCUGCGAAACAAAAGUCUGUGAAAUAAAUAACUUUGAGGAAUUCGUAGAUUUGAAUUUGCAUGAAAAGAUUACAAGAGUUCCAGAAGUAAUUGAUUUCCAUCAAAAUCAAUUGCAUGAUAUAAAGACAAUGGUUAUCCCGUGUUCUGAUGUAAGAGGAGGUGCGUUUUUACCAAAUGGUCAUUUGGUUCUUACAGAUUUUGGGUUAAAUCGUUGUGCUCUGUUCGGCGAGGAUGGGCAAUUACAAAAAGAAUUAUCAUUUUCCAGUUCGUUAUGGGGCAUGCAUUAUGAUCAAAGGGUGGAAGUCCUAUAUCUUUCAAUACCAGAGAAAAACGAAAUCAAAAUGAUUAACUUAAAUAAUUUUGCUGAAAUUAAAACAUUCCAUACAAAGUUUCCAGCCACAGGAAUUACAAGCGUGAAUGGGAAAUUUUUCACAAUUGGUGCCAAACUGCUGAGUGUAUUAAACUCCGAUUUCGAGCUUAUCGAGGAAGAAGCAGUUGACAAUCAGUCUGAUGAUAUUAUAUGCGAUCAGUCUGGCAAUAUCAUACAUUCAUGUUAUAAGACAAGCUCUGUGACAAAACGAAAUAAAGAAAACAAAAUCAUGUUUGUUUACAAGCACAAAGCUCUUAAGGGGCCAUUUGGUCUUGCCGUUGAUCCAGUUGGUAACAUUUAUGUUUGUGGAUAUGCCAGCAAUAAUGUUCAUAUUAUAUCACAGACUGGUGAAACACUAAGAAUUCUAUAUGAAUUUAAAAGUCCUCGGUUUAUAGCAUUCCAAGAAAAUGACUUCAAUUUCUUUGUCGUAGAAGGCACGCGUGUUAGAAUAUGCGCACUAAAGUGAGAAGUGAAAAACUAUUCGAUGGUUAAAAAGUGAGAAAACCAUUGAAUGGUUUAAGGUUUUUUUUACACAUCUAUUACUAUUGUAAUUUAGUAUACAUGUCACACGUUUACACCCAGUGAUUAAUCAAUUGGUUUUCUGUUUAUAUAAUAAUCUUCGUUUUAUUAUUUUUUGUACAUAUAUAAUUUUUAUUAAAGUAGAAGUCGCUUUA